GCCGGGUCGAGAUGGAGGAAGAUGCGAGCGGGGGCCGGCGGCCGCCGGGCACGGAGGCUCGAGUGGGCGCUGUGGCCUAAAGGGCCGGGUUCGGAGCUCGCCUCAGUCGCGGCAGAACCGCCCUGAUCGGCGGAGGGCUGUAGGCGCCAUGGAGGACAAACGCAACAUCCAGAUCAUCGAGUGGGAGCACCUGGACAAGAAGAAGUUCUACGUGUUUGGGGUGGCCAUGACCAUGAUGAUCCGCGUCAGCGUCUACCCGUUCACCCUCAUCCGCACCCGGCUGCAGGUCCAGAAAGGCAAGAGCCUCUACCACGGGACCUUCGAUGCCUUCGUCAAGAUCCUGCGAGCCGACGGCGUGACUGGCCUCUACCGGGGCUUCCUGGUCAACACCUUCACGCUCAUCUCCGGCCAGUGCUACGUCACCACGUACGAGCUCACCCGGAAGUUUGUCGCUGACUACAGCCAGAGCAACACGGUCAAGUCACUGGUGGCCGGCGGCUCGGCCUCCCUUGUGGCGCAGAGCAUCACGGUGCCCAUCGAUGUGGUGUCCCAGCACCUGAUGAUGCAGCGCAAGGGCGAGAGAAUGGGCCGCUUCCAAGUGCGAGCAAGCCCCCAGGGACGAGGGGUGGUAGCCUUUGGCCAAACCAAGGACAUCAUCAAACAGAUCCUGCGGGCUGACGGGCUCCGAGGCUUCUACCGGGGGUACGUGGCGUCACUGCUUACCUACAUCCCAAACAGUGCUGUCUGGUGGCCCUUCUAUCACUUCUAUGCAGAACAGCUCUCAUACCUCUGUCCUAAGGAGUGCCCGCACAUCGUCUUCCAGGCUGUCUCGGGACCCCUGGCUGCGGCCACUGCCUCCGUCCUCACCAACCCCAUGGACGUCAUCCGCACCCGAGUGCAGGAGAAGCAGCACUGCAGGGUUCGCCGCCGUCCGGUCGCAGGCAGAGUCUUGGCGUGUGUGCACCGUGGCUACCAGAGAUUCAGCGACUGUUACAAGCGUCUCUGCCAGCUGCAGCCGGACGUGACCCAGCGGAUCCACGACAAGUUUGUCGCCCAGCUGCAGGCGUCCGUCCGGGAGGAGAUCUCGGAGAUCAAAGCGGAGGGGAACCUGGAGGCGGUCUUGGACGCCUUGGACAGGAUCGUGGAAGAAGACAAAGACCGCACGGAGCCGGCCUGGCGCCCCAGCGGGAUCCCCGAGGCAGACGUGCGCAGCGUGGCUGUGCCCUACUUCCUGCAGCAGCGGGACGCGCUGCAGCGCCGGGUGCGCAGGCAGGAGGCGGAGAACCGGCGGCUGGCGGAGGCUGUGCUGGCCGGGCGGCGGCAGCUGGAGCAGCUGGAGCAGCAGGCCCGGGCCCGGCAGCAGGCCUGGCAGGCCCUGCACAGAGAACAGAAGGAGCUGCUGGGCGUGCUGGGGGAGCCCGAGUGAGGAGGCGGCCACCGGACCAGGAACAGAGGGCAGUCGAGGGCCAGGGCCAGGGCCGGCUGCCCCUGAGAACCAGUGAAGUGGUGGCCAGUCCCUGAGUGCGGAUGGAAUUAGCCGGAGGAUGACGCCUGACCAGCCCUUCUGCGUUGGGGGCUCCCUUGAGGUCACACACACACACACACACCUUCAGACCCUUCCCUGUUCUCUUCGGACGCGAGGGCUGUCGGCCAGCACCCACGCCGGGAAUCAGGCCCCAGGCUCUCUGUCCUGCAGGUCGGAGCCAGCCGCCUGCCCCGCCCGUUCCGGAGCACCCCCGGACCUGGCCCGGGGCAUCUGUGUUCGGGUCGCCCUGAUUGCCCCCUUGCCAGCCAGCCCCAGGGCCCUUGCCAUGUUCUCCCCACAUCCGUAAAUAAACCUCCUCCGCUUCCUA